AUGUCAAAUUCAGGUUCAACUUUAUUAUCGUCGAGUAAUAAAUGGCAUUCAACAGCAACACAUACUUCAUCUUCAAUUACAGCUACACAUAGCUAUUGCCAUCGACCAUCGAUACCUUUAUCAGAUAUUUCAACAAAUAUAAAUACAGCAGCUGCUGCUAUGAGAACUGUUUCAAGAAAAUGUAUUUAUGUUAAAGAAGUUAUUAGUGUUAAUAAUAGUACAGCACAUUUACCAUUGACAUCGUCGGAUGGUAGUGCAAGUGAAUGUGAAAGUGGAGAAUUAAGUUCAGAUGAAUAUCCAUCACAAAUUAAAUUUAAACCAUUAUCAUUUGAUCAUGGACAAGAAAAUCAUUUCGAUUCAACACAUGAAAUGGGAACUUUAGCGCAAUUACUUAAUCAUUCAUUUCCUGUUCAAAGAGAUUCAUCAAUAUUAUCUCAAAAACAUGAAUCAGAUAUUCGUCGUCAUGAAGUACCCAAUAAUCAAAUGCGUUCAUCAUCAAAUUCAUCAACACCUCGUAUUGAAGGUCCAUUGAAAACUCGUCGUCUAUCAGAACAUUUAUCAACAACAAUUCAACGACAAAAAACACGUAAUGAACAACGACAUAAUGCAUAUGCAGAAUUAAAACAUUUAGCACAACGACGUUUAAAUGUUGUUGCAGAACUUGUAACAUUAGAUGAACAAUAUGAAGCAACACUUGCCAAAUUAUUACUUCCAGGCAAUAAUUAA